GUGGUAGCGGGAUCGGUGCGGCACUGUGCCGGCGCUUCGCCGAACUUGGCGCGAAGCGCGUCGUCGUCGCCGACUUGAGCGAGGAGUCGGCGCGUGCAGUUUCCUCGUCCUUCAAUGGCAUUCCGGUGCGCUGCAAUGUGGCGCAGGAGAUGGACGUUCGGCGCUUGAUCUCGAUUGCGGAGGCCGUGGCAGGCCCCAUUGACAUCUUCGUGGCGAACGCAGGUAUCCCGUCGAACGGCGGCUACGAG